AUGGCGACUGUGCGAGGCCAAGAGGCCCUACUGCUUUGUUGGGCCGAUGGUCUGGCCUUCUGCGCCCUCGUGGACAAGCACCGGCCCGGCCUUAUCGACUUCAAGGUCCUCAAAAAAGGUGAGCGGGAGAAGAAUCUGGACACGGCCUUCCGGGCGGCCACUGGCCUGGGCAUCCCCCAGCUGCUCGACGUCGAGGACAUGCUCAUCGCCACGCCCGACAAAUUCUCCGUCAUGACCUAUCUCAGUCAGUUCUAUCAUUUCUUCAACAAGCCGGGCGGCGACCAGCGGGCCGGAGCGGGCAUCGCCACCAUCACCCAGGGUGCUACGGCCGGGCAGCCUGCCGGCGCCCAACCCGCGGCCUCGUCGGGCGCCGGGGCCAUGAGGCCCGGCGAGACAGAGGCGCAGAUGCUCCAGCGCAACCUGGAGCGGAUGCAGAAGGCCAAGGAGGAGAAGGACAAGGCCGAGCUCGAGCGCAAGCGCCAGGAGCUUGAGAAGAAGAAGACCGAGCUCGAGCACAAGCGCGAGGUCAGGCGCUCGGCCAGGAUCCAGGCGGGCGCGAUCGUCCGGAAGGAAGUCGCCGCCGCGGCGCAGCCUGCCCCGGCCGCCAGCGCGCCUGCAGAGAGCUCGGAGAAGAUCACGCAUCUGACCAAGGCCGGCCAAUGGUCAAGGGUGCCAGCGGUGGCUGCCAAAUCGUCGUUCCUCAUCGAGGCCCAGGAAGCGCCCCCGCCGGGCGGCGCCGCGCCGUCGGCAGCGGUCAUCGCGAUGAUGGCGGGACCGGGAGCCGGCGGCGCGUCGGCCCCCACCGCUGGCGCCGGCCGUGGUAUGGGCGCAGCCAUGAUGGCGGCCGCCAUGGCCGGCGGAGGCGGUGCCGCGGGCCUGCGCAAGACCGUGGCGCCCAACAAGGCCCAGGGCCCUCUUCCCGCUGCUGACGCCGGCGCGGCCGCACCCUUCCUUCGCAAGCAAGAGACCAAGGAGGCCCUCGAGCGCAACCGCAACAAAUUGCUCGAGAUUCAGGAAAAGAAGAAGGAGCAGGAGGAGCGCGAGCGGCGGAUCCAAGCCGAGGCCGCGGAGCAGGAGCGCAAGCGGCGGGAGGCCCAGGCAGCAGCCGAGGCCGAGCGCAAGCGGCAGCAGCAGCAGCAACAGCAGAAGGAGGAGGAAGAGCGGCUGCGGAGGGAGCGCGAGCAGCGUGAGCGGGACGAGGAGGAACAGCGCCGCGCGCGCGAGGAGCGGGAGCGGGCCGAGCGCGAAGAGGCCGAAGCCGAGGCCGAGCGAAAGAAGAAAGAGGCCGAGGCCGAGGCCGAGGCGGAUCGGAAGAGGAAGGAGGCCGAGGCCGAGGCCGAGCGGAAGAGGAAAGAGGCGGAGGCGGAGGCCGAGCGGGUCAAAAAGGAGCGGCUGGAGAAGCUCAGGCGGGAAAGGGAGGAGCGCGAGGCGAGGGAGAAGGAGCGGCUCGAGCGGGAGAAGCGCGAGCGGGAGGAGCGCGAGAGGCGGGAGCGCGAGGAGCGGGAGAAGCGCGAGCGGGAGGAGAGGGAGAGGAGGGAGCGGGAGGAGCGCGAGCGCAAGGAACGCGAGGAGAAGCUGAAGAGGGAGCGCGAGGAGCGCGAGCGCAGGGAGACCGCGGAGCAAGAGGAGCGCGAGCGUCGUCGCAGGGAGGAGGUGGAGCGGGAGGCGCGGCUCGAGGCUCUCCAGCGCGCUCGGGCACAGAAGGAGCGCGAGGCCCGCGAGAAGAGGGAGGAGGAGGAGCGGCUCAAGCGCGAGCGCGAGGAGCGGGAGAGGAGGGAGCGCGAGGAGCGGGCGCGGGUCGAGCGGGAGGAGAGGGAGCGCAAGCAGCGCGAGGAGGAGGAGGCCGAGCGGCGGGCCAAGGUCGAGCGCGAGCAGCGUGAGAAGGAGGAGCGCGAGAAGAGGGAGCGCGACGAGCGGGUGAGGCUGGAGCGCGAGGAGCUGGAGCGGAAGAAGCGGGAGGAGGAGGAGGAAGCGGCCAAGGCUGCCGCCGCCCAGCGGGAGAAGCAGAGAAAGGAGGCCGAGGAGAAGGCCCGGAGGGAGAGGGAGGAGAAGGAAAAGGCGGAGAGGGAGGAGGCGGAGGCGAAGCAGAGAAGCCUCGCGGCAGCCCAGGACAACGCGAAGGAGAAGGAGGAGAAGGAGAAGGCCAAGAUCGAGGCGGACAGGCUGCGGCUGCUGCGUCUGGAGAAGGAGAAGAAGGCGCGCGAGGAGCGGUGGUCCCAGCGCCCCGCCGCCGGCGCGGCUGCGGUCACCUCCACCAACCCGCGCGCCUCGGCUUACCAGGCCGCCAUCGCCGCCUCCGCCGCCUUCGAGCCGCCCAAGCCCAAGGAUAACACCACCGCUGGCGGCAGCAGCCCGCAGACACAGCGGAUGUCGAUCCACCAGCGGGCGUCGAUGUACCAGGCCGCGGCCGCGGGCGGUGGCCCGGUGGUCGAGCCGCCGAAGGACAGCGCGCAGCCGGACUGGAAGGCCAAGCUGGAGCGGAUGAAGAAGGAGCGGCUGGAGCGCGAGCAGAAGGACCGGGCCGAGCGCGACCGGCUCAACGCGCAGCGGCUCGAGCGGGAGGCGCGGGAGAAGCGCGAGAGGGAGGAGAGGGCGCGCGAGGAGGAGCGCGAGAGGCGCGAGAGGGAGGAGAGGGAGCGGCGGGCGCGCGAGGAGGCGGAGCGCGUGCGGCGCGAGGAGGAGGCGCGCAUGGUAGAGGAGAAGCGUCGGCUGCUCGAAGAGGAGCAGAAGCUGAUGGAGGAGGAGGCGCGGCUGCUCAAGGAGGCCGAGGAGCGCGAGCAGCAGGAGCGGAGCGAGGAGGAGGCGCUGUGGGCCGAGAUCGAGAAGCGGGUGCUGGCCGAGCUCGAGGAGGAGCGCGAGCGCAAGCAGCGCGAGCGCGAUCAAAAGGAGAGCGAGCGGCGCGACGAGGAGCAGCGCGCGCGUGACCUGCGCGACAAGCAGUCGCAGGAGGCUCGGGCGCGGCUCUCGCAGGCCGACCGCGAGCAGCUCGAGGCCAAGGAGCGCCUGGCCCGCGAGGCCGCCGAGCGCGAGCGCGAGAUGGAGCGCAUCGAGCGCGAGGAGGAGGAGCGCCUGCGCCGCGAGGAGGAAGAGGUCCUGCGCCUCGAGGAGGAGCUGCUCCGUGAACAGGAGCAGGAAAUGGCGGUGGCUGCCGGUGGCGCCGGCGCCGUGGCCGUCGCGGCGGCUGCGGGCGGCGGUCGUCCGCCCGUGCCGAGCCAAAAGCUGCCGGCGCUGCCCACGACGAUGAGCAGUGAUGGGGAGGCCGAAUCGGUGGAGCUGGAAGGCUACCUGUGGAAGAAGGGCGACCUGGGGGCCAUCAAGACCUGGAAGAAGCGGUGGUUCUAUCAUCACAAGGGGCGCCUCUUCUACUACAACGAACGCCCGCCUGCCGGGAUGAAAUCGGCGACGGCCAACGGAUUCAUUCCGCUGGCGGACGUGGAGGUGAUCGACGUGAUCAAGGGCAAGAAGGGCGGCUUCCAGCUCAAGACCCUGGAGCGCACCUACCUUCUCCAGGCCGACAGCGACGACACGCGUGGGCAUUGGAUGGCGCAGCUGAGGGGCAUCAUCGCAAAGCUCAAGGCGACCUCCGCGGCCGACGCCGACCGCCCGGCAUUCGAGGACCGCCGAACCGGCUCCGUCAUCUCGCGCAAAGACGUCGACAAAAAGGAGGGCUACCUCGCCGAGAAGACGCUGUGGGGCUUCAAGAAACGCUACUGCGUGCUCAAGGACGGCAUUCUCUUCGUCUUCACCGACAAGGGCCGCCCGGUGAAGAUCCCGCUGUACGAUUCGGAGUUGACCGAGUAUGCGGACAAGGAGAACUGCUUCCAGGUGACCCACUCCAAGAGCGUCGUCAUCGUGCUCCAGGCCGACGAUGAACUCAUCAUGCACGAGUGGUGCAAUGCGAUUGUGAAGCAAAAGUUCGUGAUCGAGUUGGCCAUCAACUCCAUCGCCAUGUGA